GCUGCUAUGUUUUCUUCCCCGGGUGGGACGGCAAUGAUGUCACAGCGCGCCUUGCUCAGGAUACGUCCUGAUAGCUCCAGAGCGACUCCAGAGCAUCUGGCGGCCUUCGAAGAUGAAGAGGAGAAAAGGAACAGACGUCAACUGUUGGCGCUCCGCGCGGAUCUCUUGGUGCGCCGGAACCCCCCCCGCAGGCGCGCGGAGUGCGCCAGGGGCGGCGCCUGGGCCCAGCGCGGAUCCAAGAAAUGCGCGCGGAGCGCCACAGGUUUCGGCUCGUGGCGAUCUGUCUUCCUCCAUCCUCGGCGCUGAACAAAACGGCGGUGCGCUCCCGGCGCGCUGCGGGGCCCGGGCCGCUUGUGGGCGGGCCCCCGUCUGGGACGCAGCGGCUCGGGGGACAGAUGGGGGUGAGGAUGAAGCGGAGGAUCAGCAGCGGCACGCUCCUCCUGGGGGGAGCAGCAGCAGACGGGGCCAGGAAGGGGAGGAGGAGGAAGGGGAGGAGGUGGAAGGUGCAAGUGGAAAAGGCUCCGAGAGGAUGACAGCCUGCACCAUUGCUGUUCGCGAAUUAGGGUGCAGCCGGGCAGCGAGAUCCUCGGGGAUCGCCCAAGGGUGUGAGCCAGCGGCGGGGGAGAGGAAGGAAACGGGACUGGGAAGGACAUCCUUGCAAACUGGCGGGAGGGGCGUGAAGAUGGCGGCGAGGAAGUCCCAGGCGAGAGCGCGAUGAUCUCAUUUGCGGCAGAGCGACAUUUAAUCAAGUCGCCAGUAAGUGUCAUGCGAUAUUCAAUUCUACCUGGCUUUGCAAGUGGACGGACUGCGCGGGGCAAGUCGCGUGCAGAAAACAUGCCGGGGCGCGGGGGCGUGCAGGUGGAGUCCACCGGCGCAGCCAGUGGCGAAGAGAUGACUACCUCACUCACUCGCUCGCUUUCGCACUCACUCACUCUUCGCACUUAACUCCAACUAUGCGCGAACGUUCACUACACUGACUCUGCUUGCUGCAGCAACUAUGACCGUGCAGCUCUGGCCCACGAAGCAAGAGGCAGGAGAGGCAUCCAGGGCGGGUCAUCUGGCGCAGUCGACAGUGUCAUGGAUCCCAGAUCCCCCCUUCUGAAAGCCAGCGGAAUGGCGGAAGCCUCUAGGAAAAUCCAACAUCACGUUACACUUGUGACUCACUGCCAUCUGACAGCGCUCCAUCGAGUGCUUUUGCCAUUAAUGCUGCAAGGCGCGGUGCAGCUUCGGAGACACUCCAUCGAUGGUCACCGUGGCUCAGAGCCUCAUGAAAUGCUGCCUGGGCAGCUGCAUCAGCUCGCCAUUUUGAGGACAAGAUCACAAGCACCGUUGUGGCCAAGACUGUCGUAACGGUAUACCUCAGAGCAUCACCCUGAACAUGAGCAUAAAUGUACGUCGCCAUCGCACCGAAGAAGGUAUAGCAGGACACGAAGACUGCCUGCCUCGCCAUCUCGCGCGUCUUCUUUUGGGGCAGAAUGAAAUACUCCAUUAUGAUACUGUCUCUGUCGUCGGACAGGAUGUAUGUCUGCAAGCGGCGAAUGUGGUAGUACUGGUUCACCAUGAUUGUCGUACCAAUGCCCGAGCAGGCAAUACUCACGACGAUCUGCAGGCAGAAAGCCCAGCGGAACGCCUCCUGCUCGAGGAAGCUCUCGCGGUCUUCUGGGCUCACCUCGAACCAGACUGUCACGGUGGAUCCGAAAAUGAGUGCGGAGACGAUGGCGAGUGAGCUGUAACUGUCGGCUGAAUUCCAAUCACACUGCAUCGUGAAUGUAAAAUUUGGAAGGCCGUGUGCGCACGCACGCGGACACCGUGCAGCUCUUCCUAAAGACUCCGCUUGGGCUCAAAUGGCCACCU